ACAGAAACUGUUAAAACGUCUGUUCGCUCCUUCCACUCUCAGCAUCGCUCAGUUUCUGCAGGAGGCUGCAGCUCCAUCCCUUCAGGAUCUCUACCAGCAUCACUGAGCAGAUAUGAUCUGCACACUUCCCACUGAAGUCUCCUCACUCUCAGCCGGGAUCUCUUCAUUUUUUUAAUGGAUGACAAAAGACAAACGUAAAUAAAUGGAUUUCUCGCAACAGAACUAAUUUGAGUUCAAGAAAAGGAUCUUGAGAGAGGAGGGAGAGAGAUCAGACAGAACAGGGUCGCUCCAAGUCAGGUCCCUUUGUGUUUCUUGUUUGUAGGAGCAGUACUACCCCAUUGUGCCUUGGAUAUGGGACCGUGCGUCAGCCCAGCGGGAUCCGGGUCCGGUGCAGAGGGAAAAGCCUUCUCCUGAUUUUUUUUUAUUUUUUUUUAUUUGAUUCUGCUUAAUUUCUUUAGAGGAGGUGAGGCUGUGAGUUUUACGCGCCGGAAUGAUGCGUCCCAACCGCGGCUUCAUCCUGCUCCUCCUCAACGGAACAGCUUGUUUGUUCUAAGCCAGAAGAAUAAUUAGGCCACUUCAAUUUUCCGACUUUAAUCAUCUAACAGAGAAAUCACCUGCAGGGAGCAUAUUACAUCUGGAGAGGGGUGGCGAUGGGUCAAGAAGAUGGCUCCUCAAACCCCAAGAGCUCUUCAGAGGCCUCCUCUAAGACGGUGGGCCUUCUGAGUGGUCAUGCCUCUAACUCACCCCUGAGUCGAUGGAUGCAGCACAGUAAAAGCAGAGCGGCUAAUUCCACCUCCUUGGAGCUGCCUUACCGCUCCCCUGUCCCUUUCUCCAAGCAGGAGUUCUCCAAACAAGAGUUCUGGGAGAUGUUAGGCAGUGAUCUGCUUAAACCUGACACCUCCAGCUCCAGAGUCAAACGUCGGCCCAUUGUCAAGACUGGCAAGUUUAAGAAGAUGUUUGGCUGGGGAGACUUCUAUUCCAACAUCAAAACGGUGAGGCUCAACUUGCUCAUCACUGGCAAGAUAGUGGAUCAUGGCAACGGCACUUUCAGUGUAUACUUUCGUCACAACUCAACGGGCCAGGGCAACAUCUCGGUCAGCCUGGUUCCACCUGUAAAGGCUGUGGAGUUUGACUUGGAGCGCCAGAGUGUUGUCUACCCAAAGGACUCCAAGAUCUUCAACUGCCGUGUGGACUAUGAGAAAGUGGAUCGAAGCAAGCGCACCUCAUUGUGCAAUUAUGAUCCAUCCAAGACCUGUUUUCAGGAGCAGAUCCAGAGCCAUGUGUCUUGGAUUUGCUCCAAGCCUUUUAAAGUCAUCUGUAUCUAUAUUUCCUUCUACAGUACAGACUAUCGCCUAGUGCAGAAGGUUUGCCCGGACUACAAUUACCAUAAUGAGAUGCCCUACCUGCCCUCAGGAUAGAGGAGGCAUGAUGGGUAGGAGAGAGGAAAAGAGGGGGGUGUGACUGAACAAGUGAAGAGGAAACCCAAGUGAUAAAAGUUGCAGAGGCAGCAAGACACCCUAAAACAAAACAAAACAUGUAGCCUGACCAUUGUAAGAUGUAAGAACAUAUAUGCAAACAACAGUAUGCAGUUAAGAAACAUCCUGAACUAACAAUAAAACUCUGGAACCAUCAACCAAUACAUUUGUACCUCAGUCCUGCUUUUAAACUCUAUCAUCUAGGCCGCAUUCCACCAACCGUAUAGUAAUUUCCAAUCCUUAUCUGAAUGUCCUUUUUAAUCACCCUUUACAAUUUUGCUCUUUUGCAAAGUCAAACAGCAGUGUGUGAAUUAAAAGCAGGCUUUUAAAUGGUCCAGUAAUUCAUCAGAGAGCUGCAGACAGAUUCAGCGUUUAUGAUAAUUAUCAUGUCGUGUUUAACAUUGUGCUCUCUAAAGAUGAUUUAAACAGACCACGGGGAACAUAAAGUAUUCAUUUGCUCACAAAGUGCAGAUGAAUGUGGUGUGUAACCAGCCACAGCAUCAUUUUAGAGUAAAGCCAAGGGCAGACGUUCUAUGUGCCAAAACUUUAUUAUGUGUCUUCUGAUUCAAACAUCCCAUCUCCAUAUUACUAAUAAACUGUUUUCAGCUGGCAAAAUCCAAUCCCAAUAUAUCCCUGAGUUAAAUUCCCUCCAAACAAAAUUUCCAAAUAAAAAGAGAUUGCUCGGCAGCAUUUCAAGGCCAGGGCUUAAGACAAGCUUGGUGUGAAGGAAAUAAUGAGAUGGUAUGCUGAGACAGACUUGAAACCUCCACACUGAUGAGAGAAAGUACAAGGUAGAGGGGUGAGAGAUACAGAGAUUUAGAGAGUUCUGUUAAUUACAAUGGAGAACGAGACAUGAUGUAUGCGGCUCCAUCUAUUGUCCCUUCUGUAUAAAAAAGAUUACAUUUUGUUGCCGUCAGGAUUCCUGAUUUCACGCCUUGAUAACUUUGACUGUGUGAGGGAGACUGCUCUCUCCCUUGGCAAAUACUGCAUUCACCAAAGUAAACCCACUUAUCUUGAAUAAAUGAAAAUUUUAUCAUAAUAAUUACAUAUAAUUUAAUCUCUUUUAGAUGUGAUUAAGGUUUCAACAAGAGCACCAAAUUUGUUCCUAAAAACAAGUCGCUGGGAAGAAGGAUAAGAAGUCUUUCAGGAGGAUUGUUUUGAUAAUUUCCCAUCGGGCAAAUGGCCAGUUUAGCUCCUGAGUUAACUGCACUCGUUGAGAUAAAUGACCACUGGCUGACCCGUCUCAUGUUACUCACACAAACAAUAUCAGGGACACCAGCGGACAGCAACAAAAUAAAUCAGCCGCUCAACAUGUUUUCAUGCUAAAAGGUUAUUAGUGUCCUAUUUAUGAGGACACAAUGUCUUUUUGGUUAAUUAGAAUGAACAUUCACAAGACAGGUGUGAGGAACCAUUAGACUGAGGUAUCAGAUAUCCAUUUUGGUGCCAAUGUACUGUGACAUUGGUGAUAAAGAACAGAUAGGUCCACAGGAAGGAGCUGAAACAGCAUGCUGCAAUCCCAUGUGGACCCAAACGGCAGUGAAUGGCCAAUGUAAAGCCUGUCUGUGGGGGCAGUCACAUAAGGCCUGUACCAGUGUGUCACUUUGCUUACUUAGCGUUAGCACAAAAACUAGCAUUACGACAAUUACCUUGAAAAACAUUUGUCACCCCUAAAACCUUUACACAUUUUGCCACAUUGCAAUCAAACCUCAUUCUAUCUUAUAAUUUUAUGAGACGUAAAUGAAAUGUAAGAUUUAAUAUUCUCUAUUGUUGAAUAUUGCAAUGAUGAUACUGAUGCAAUAGAGGUACAUCCUCCUCAUGCAUCUCUUUUUUCCAGCCUGUCAAACAGAAUUGACAUACAGUAGCAGGGAGUCCCUACAGGUGGCAGUUAUUAGGCUGCAGAGCGUAAAUGCAUCAUUCUUGAAAUAGUUCAACCUAAGCGUUAAACAGUCCUUAGGGUUUGCAAUAUCUCAUAAAUUCUAAUGACAUUUAUGGUUUCAUAUAUUUUUAGAACUCCUUAAUAGAGUAGUAUUAAGUAUUGCAUAAUUAUAAUGUGGAAUGAUUUUUAACUUUAUUUUUCAAAUGUUUAUGAACCUACCGUACUUUAAUUGGAU